AUGUCACUUCAACCUCAAGACCUCUUAAUGACUUUUAUGCUUUAUUAUUUGUCAAACAGUUUGGUUACUUGCAAAAAAGUACAUGGUAAAUAUGACAGCCCUGUCGAUGAUACCGAUGAUCAACAAAUGGAUUAUUACCGUUUUUUAUACCAACGGUUGAAAGAAGACGCGGCAAGACAUCUUUCAAAACGGCGUCAUAAUGUUGUGCCAACUUUCUAUUCAAUUCCAGGGCCUUUUGAACCUCUGCCUGGCAGAUCGCAUAAUGCUGAUUACUGGCCUUUGUUUCCGUUUUCAAGUCAGUAUUCUGGAGGACUUGAUCUCGAUCCAUCGAUCGCUCGGGUAUCAAUAGGAAUACUUCACUUCUUGUAUAAGACUUUUAAAACUUAA